GGAGAUAGGCGCCGCGGCGCGCACAAUUUCUGUCGUCUCUUUCCCGCCGGCCGCCGGUCACGCACCGCAAUCAUGGUGGACGUCAUGGAGUUGCCCAGGUCGCGCGUCAACGCCAGCAUGCUGGCUCGGUUCAUCGACCAGCCUGUCUGCUUCGUAGGGAGGUUGGAAAAGAUUCAUCCCACUGGAAAAAUGUUUAUUCUUUCAGAUGGAGAAGGAAAAAAUGGAACUAUUGAGUUGAUGGAGCCUCUUGAUGAAGAAAUCUCUGGAAUUGUGGAAGUAAUUGGAAGAGUAACACCCAAGGCAACCAUUAUGUGUGCAUCAUAUGUCCAGUUUAAAGAAGAUAACCAUCCUUUUGAUCUUGGACUUUACAAUGAAGCUGUGAAAAUCACCCAUGAAUUCCCUCAGUUUUUUCCUUUGGGAGUUGUGGAGUAUGAUUGAUCUUCAUGAACACACUGAAGACUGCUAAAGAAGUCCCUGAUGUUUGAGGAAGAGAUUUCUGUGAUUUUUUAAUAGUUAAUUUGUUCUCUUUUUAAUUUCAUUUACCUGACUUUAUUAGAUGUUGCAAUAUCGCACUUUUGACGGAACCUAUCUGUAUAUUGACAGCUCUCCCUUGAGUCCUCAUCAAGGAUUAGUUCUCCAGUAUACGUGGUCAGAUCAAAUGCACAGACCAAGCAGUUGCCUUGAGUUUAGUUUUCUGUUUUAUUAAUAAAAGCUGAAAUAGUG